GGCUUAUGGAGUUCAUGAGAAACAAUUCAUACACAUUUUGGGUUCAAACAUAGCCUAACUUGAAUACAAAUACAACAUUACUUCCCAACCAACUCAACUCUCAUACCUACCUCUUUUACUAAUUUUCAGAAGUGAGAAGAAGCCAAGAUGAAUCGCUCUAUAGAACAGGCGCUCUUAUCACUCUUACCAACCCACAGCACCACUCUUCCCCAACCACUCACCGACCUCGCCAGCUCACUCCUCGCCCAAUCCCGCCAUCGUGCAAGCACACUCAAAGCCGAAGAGGAGAUUGCACGCACUUAUGCCUGUGCCCACCUCGCAUGUGACAGACUCAAAAUAACCCUCAACCUCCCCCCCAUCGACCCCCGCCCGCCCAUCCCUCCCCGCAUCUACAAACGUCUCUACUCCCACCUCUCCAACAUCCUCCCCUCCACCUCUUCGAUCCCUGGCCGCGGCAGUGGAACCCCCAGAAAAUCAGAACCGACCGCCACCACCCCACGCAGCCAACGGACCAUCAAAACCCCUACCUCCCGACUUCGCGACCAAGCCAAUCGCGAUGACCUCACCGCUUCCCCCUCAGCAGGACGGAGCGUGAGGAGUACCCGAUCAGCUGCCACUGGGACUGGCAGGACGGCGACUCCCGGCACUGCGGGGAAAGGAAAAGAAAAAUCCCUUCAUCAGUUCCGCGGGACCUUGUUCCCUCGCAAAGAUGGUGCUUCGGGGAGUGAGGGAGGGGGAUUACCAGGCUGGAUGAAACCCACCCUCCGAUUCCUACUCAAAGAACUAGGUCCCUCGCACAUCGGGCCGGUGGUGAUGUCAGGCGUUGAAUCCAUCGUUGCCCCGCGCGGUCAGCGGACAGAGGACGAAUGGGUUAAUGCGAACUUGGUCUCGCUAUUGGGAGCCCUGUACCUGUUUGUCUGGCGCGGAGUCACCUGGCCUGGGUCGGAUAUUGACGAGGGUGAGUACGUGGCUAUGAGAAAGAAAGUGGCGGCGGCGUUGAAGAAGGCGAGGGAGAAUGUGAAGGUGGCGGUUAAGGUUGGGGAGGAGGAACAGGAGGAGGAAAAGGUGUGGGAGGGGUGGGUGGGGGAUGGUGUGAGGCUGAGGGAUUUGGAUAUGGCUACGUUGCAUAUUGGGAGGGAAGGGUGGUUGGAGAUGGAUUGGGCUGCUGGUGUUGAGGAUUUGGCGAGGACGGUUCUGGAGAGGGAGGAUUAUGAUGAGGGGGCAGAGGAUGGGCAGGUUGGCGCAAAUAAGGUUGAACUUGUCCGCAUUGGUCAGGGGGAUAGCAUGUUCCAGGACCGGUAUGAUUACCUGGGUGAACGCAAGCAGAGGGAGUAUGCGAUUUGGAAGCAGGGGAUUCUCAGGAAGAUCAAGGCGUUGGAGAAUCCUUCCGCCAGCACGACCGCGACACCUCGGAAGAGGAAAGUGCCCGAGGCCAACAUGGACAUUGACGAGGACGAAUGA